UGAUGGAAGGACUUUGAACAUUUCAUGUACAAACGACUGCUUCACUGAUGUGAACUGGCUUCGUACGAAGUGUGUGUGGGGGGGUAUAUUAGCAGUCGCUCCUUUAGCAUGGUUUACGGUAGGUGCUGCUUGACGCGACUGUACCAUUACGAGACAAUAGAGGUGCCCUGACAUGAAAUUGAAUGAAUGAGCGGCAGCUCCUGCGUGUCGCUGACAUUUAUCUGUACGUCUCGCCGGUGCAGUGAUGAUAACAUUUCUAGAGGCUUUUAGCAGCUAAAACUAGCUUUAGUUUUAUUUCAAACGAAUCCGGUUAAGUAGCCGGUGCCUCUAUCGGCCAGCGAGCUAGCAAGCUAACAAGGGAGGCUCCUGCUAGAGCGCCGCUACCCGGAUUGGUUGGACAUCAUCCACAGAUGCUAUGGAGUUUCCCUUUGAUAUUAACCACUUAUUUUCCGAGAGGGUAACCAUCUUGGACCAGACCCUUGGUGCAGGUCGCGUAUCUCCAAAAAGGCCAAAUCUUCAGUCUCACAUCGUUACUGUCAUUGAUGAACUUGGGAUAGCCUCAGCAAAGGCCCAGAGGCUAACAACACCUGUAACAAGCGCCAAUAAGUUGCAGUCUCAGCAGCAUCAAGUCUACCUGAUGAAGGAUGGAGAAAGCAACGGAGGGCGUGGUGUCAUUGUGGGAUUUCUCAAGGUCGGAUACAAGAAGUUGUUUCUGCUGGAUCAACAAGGUGUACACAUAGAAGCCGAGCCACUGUGCGUUCUGGAUUUCUUUGUUGCUCACAACUUGCAAAGACAUGGCUAUGGACUGGAGCUGUUCAAUUUCAUGUUGCAGGACAAGAAUUUAGAACCGGUGCUGAUGGCAUAUGAUAGACCCUCGCCCAAAUUGUUGUCUUUCCUGGCCAAGCAUUACUGCCUGACACAAAGUGUUCCCCAGGUCAAUCACUUUGUUGUGUUUGAUGGCUUUUUCCUCAACAAAUCAGUGGGCCAGUUGAGAAAGGUUCCCCUAAGAAAGCCGGACGGGGAGAUCAAACCCUACUCUCUAAUGGAGAGAGAAGCCGUACGUCAGGAGCAGAGGACUCCUCCGUGGCCAUUUGCCCCCCAUUCUCCCCAGCGGUCGGGAUUCUCCCAGUACUCCCUCAGUGUGGGAUCCUCCCCCUCAAGGGUGCCGCCUCAAUCCGCCACAGUGCCUGCCCCCGGGGUCCACGGGGACCGGAACCCGCACUUUCCUCUGGAACGCUUCCGAGCAAGAAGCAACAGGGUUAGUGACGUGGCAGUGGAGGACAGCCAACAAGUAGGCAGCACCGAGCGAGUUCCGCCACCGUAUGUGAACGGAUUGUGGAUGCUGGGGCUCAGGCAGUGGCUCCCCCAGAGCCAAGAGUGUCACGCUGCAAGAGGUCGCCUGUACAGUCGCUACACGGACACCAAGUCUUUGCCAGUGCUGGAAAAGCCUCUGUCAGGUCUGAGAUCGGGACAUGCGGAAGCACACAAGGUUUCCAGUAUUCCCGGACCACAAAGCAGGCUAGUCCCACACCCGCCUCCAUCCACGACCUUCAUCCCAACAUCCCUAUGCAGCAACGCAGGGCUCCCGCAGGAAGAAGCACCCGGCCAGGUGCUUGGUCUUGAAAAGGAGUCGGAGGCAGCAGAGGGCGCUGCGGGACACACAAGCAGUAGUGGCUGGUCUUGGACCGGGGGAAACGGCUGCUUCUCCGCCCAGCAGGUGAAGCAGUUCCACUUGAACAGGAGCACCUGUCCCUGGUGAUGGCCGUGCUGGGGCGCUUGGCUUCCACCGUAGCCGCCAAAAUGUCAGCCACGGCUGUGAGUCAAGUGUUGUAGGCUUUUGCCUUUAUUGCCAUUCAAUGGUUCUGUGGUAAGUCAAUUUCUAAAUGUCUGUCAUUAUUAAAGCCCUCCAGGCAUGACGUAACACCCCUACAGUCACCUUUACACUCCUAUCACCUGAUACAAAAAUAUAAAGACUGAAACAAUGCUUGUGUGUGUCGCUGCACAUGUUCCGGUACUGAUACCAGGGCAGCUUAUUGAGGGCCAGGCAGGAAGUGAUGUCAGGGGUUGAGAGUUGAGCUUCACCUAGGCUUAAGGGUACAACAGUAGCCCGUAUUUGUCUUAGGGCUUUUUAUUGGAGUUGAUUGUGCCUGUUUGGAGGUCAUUCUAACCCCCUGUCACAAAAGCUUCAGCUCUGGUGCUUGUGUGUCUCACUCAACAUUACAGUAUCAUUACUGACACCUAGUGACCAGUGUAGAAUACUAUGUACAUCACAAUGAAACAAGACGUUGAAUGUCUAUAUUGGUAUUGCUUUUUUACUUCACAUUUUUAUACUUGAAAAUUCUUAAUUUGGACCAAAAAUACUUAAUUAUAUUGUGGUUAAUUGGUUCCAGGUGUGAGUGCAAUAAUAGAAAUUAAGAAGUUAUGGCAUAGAAAUCAUGUUUCCAAUCUUCCAAGUAUUAGUAUGUAGUAUUUUGAUAUCGUUAUAGAC